AUGUCCCUCACUGAUCUAUCAGAGUUCCCCCCCUCCGGGCCAGACGAAUACCCGCACGAUAUUGUCGCGGCAUUGAUCGCCGUGCUUAAAACCGAUAACAUCGUGCUCGUCGAAAUCGACAGGUUCUUGGACUUCUGUGACGAGUUGAGCACGGGGCCGGAUCUACUGGCUCGCGCACUCCGGCCGCUGACGGGCGUAAGGACGUUGGGUGUUGCUCGUAACAGUAACCUGAAGAGCGCAAUUGAUAUGCUUCACUCGACGGUCGACGAUGCCCCUAUAUUCCCGAAACUCUUGGCUUUGGCCGUGAAGCCUUCCCGUGAGGUAUUGCUAAAGGCCGCUGUGAAGAAGCUGUGGCGCAGAGCACUGCAGGCGAGCCGUGCGUCCGGUUGA